UACCAACUUCCUUCUUUUCCCACUGUCAAUUAUACCCAUCUCAUCUCUCUUUCUAUUUAUACAGAAGAAAGCUCAUGCAUAUCAAGUUUUUCACCUUCAUAAACCAUCUCAAUUCUUAGCCUGUAAAAGCUUCUAUCAAUUAUGGCUGUUCAUACCACCACCUGGCUUUCCUCUCUAAAACUUCUCUUCAUGUCUACUGGUGUACUGUCUAUAGCUAUGUUUAUGAAUUUCUCUUUUCCAAUCAUUCUAGACUUUAUGAUCUACCAGUUACCUUCUAUUUGGUCGUUUAUGGCUUCCUGGUUGAGGCCUCCGUAUCUAUAUGUAAUCAUCAACGGUAUCAUUAUCUCCAUAGCCGCCUCUUCUUUCUUCCAUCACAAGGACAGCAGCCAGAUCCAGUCGGAUUCGUCCGAUCAUCUCUCGGAGAACAUAUUGAAGUCUUCUCCGUCAUUGACAGAGACUGAAUUCGUUAUCUCGAAGUCGAAUUGGACGACGCUUAUGAGAACGAACUCGCCGCCGGAGAUCCAGAAUUCAGAGGAGGAGGAAAUGAUUGUAACGCCGGAGAGGCCGAUGGCUUUGUCGAGAUUCAGCAAUCGGAAACCUGUAAGAACCAAUCAGGAAGGUGGGAGGGGACUGAAAGUGGCGAAGCAGAGGAAGCAUGAGACGCUGGAGAACACAUGGAAGACGAUAACCGACGGUCGUCAUAUGCCAUUGACGAGGCAUUUUAAGAAUAACAGCCUUCAAUGCUCCACCAACCUCGAUGAAUCUGUAAAGGACAUGAUGGUGAAGAAAUCGGCGACGGUUAUUGACCGAACGAGUAACUGUAACUCGCCGUCGAUCAUAAGGACGGGAAGGAUACGAAAGGAGCCAUCGGUAGGUCACGAUGAGCUUAACCGGCGAGUGGAAGCAUUCAUAAUGAAAUUCAACGAGGAUAUGAGAUUGGAGAGAGAGGAGUCUCUCCGGCAGUAUAAGGAGAUGAUCAACCGUGGGGCAAGCUAGUAGAGGGAUAUGCCUCUGGAGUUCAUCUUUCAUUUUUUUUUUUAUGAAGAAAGAAAUAGAACCCCCAUUGAUUUGAUUCAAUUCAAUUCCUUUGAAAUUGUUAUUAGUUCUAGGUAAUUUUGCUUAAACUUACAUUUACAAAAAUAAUGAUUUCUGUUUAGCUU